AUGCCCACUCAAGCUCAGGCCGUCACGGUGUCUUUGGAUGAUCUCAAAAAUGAUAACAUAUCGUUCGACACCCUUCAAGAGGCAUUCGGCCCCGACUCCCUCGGCAUCUUGGUAGUCAAAGACAUGCCAUCAGACUUUACCUCCAUGAGACGUCUUGCCCUCUCGUACGCCUCUUACCUCGGCAACCUACCCAGACAAGACCUAGAUGCCCUUGAGAAUCCGGAAGCCAAAUACCUGACAGGCUGGUCCUUGGGAAAGGAGACCCUUCGCAACGGCCAGGUAGACACCAACAAGGGUUCCUACUACGCCAACUGCGCCUUCUACGUCGAUCCCGCUCUCGAAUCCGCCGCCCCGACCGCCACCCUGGUCUCCCCCGCCGCCUUCCCCGAGUACCUCUCCCCGAACGUGUGGCCGGCCGAGGAGGCGCUUCCCGGCUUCCGCCCCGCCCUGACGUCCCUGUGCGAGCUCAUCAUCGACGUGGCCGUCCUCGUCGCCCGCGCCUGCGACCGCUUCGCCGAGCGCGACAUGCCGGGCUACCCACCCGGGUACCUCCAGCGGGUCGUCAGCACGAGCACCACCACCAAGGCUCGUCUGCUGCACUACUACCCCCAGGGCCCACCGUCCGGGCCGGUCGGGGAUGGGGAGGUGGAAGCCGAGGUGAAAGGCUCGGGCCCGGACUCGGGCCCGGACUCGGGCCCGGACUCGGUCUCGGACUCGGACGACUGGUGCGCGACCCACCUCGACCACGGCUGCCUCACCGGCCUCACAUCAGCCAUGUUUAUCGACGAGGCCGUCUCCGCACCCCGCUUCGCCCCGACGCCGGGAACGAGGUCGCUGCCCACCCUCGACGAGCUCGCCGCUUCCCCCGACCCCAGCGCAGGCCUGUACAUCAAGUCCCGCUCGGGGGAGACCUUUCAGGUUCGCAUCCCGCGCGACUGCGUCGCUUUCCAGACAGGCGAGGCCCUGGAGCGCAUCACCCAGGGGAGGUUCAAGGCCGUCCCGCACUUUGUACGCGGUGUGAGGGCCCGUCACGGUCAGGCGGGGGGGGACGCACGUUCGCUCAUCGCCCGCAACACCCUCGCCGUCUUCACCCAGCCUAACCUGGACGAAGAGGUUGACAUCCAGCAGCAUCUGACCUUUGCAGACUUUGCCAGGGGUGUCGUCGCCAAGAAUACCGUGUCGGACUAG